AUGCCAAUACGGCCAAGUAUUUUAGCAAGUCGGAAGGCCCGAUCUUCGAUUGCAAAACAUAGCGGUCAUCUCGAUGGACCACUGCGAUGGGGGCUCUCCGAGCGGAGGCGUGGCCUCGAUACUUGCACACGAUCUGUCUCAAGGCUCCGAGAUGUGUCUUUACCGAAUACAAGCUCCUUGUACAUUCUUCCCAUGACCUCCCAAUCAAAGCGGAACUUUUCCAAUACUCCUCGCAAAGAAAGCAUAUGGGAUGAAGUCGACGAAGUCCCAGACCAAAAACCCGUGCAACGAUUUCCAGACCGGCCGGCUGGUGCGCGCUCUACUAUCGUAUACCGAGACUUAGGCAGCUUGGUUCGGUUACGAGUAGAAGUGAAAGAUCGAGUCUCUGGACGUCUGCGCAUUAUGAGGCAGCUCAAUUCGCUGCCUCCAUAUGAGGAAUUUGUUGACAGUUUUAUCGAAUUGAAGUACAAAUACAUCGAUGACCUUGUUGUUGAAUCCGCCAAGGCCACCCAGGAAUGCAUCGAAACCACUCAAAAAUGUGUGACUGAAUGGGAAAGCCGGACAAAACUCAUCCGCGCACACAUUGAAACUAUGAUCUCAGAAGCCACGGAUUCAGUUCUACAAGCAGAAAAAACCACUCAAAAGUAUAUCGCUGAAGUGCAACGUGUUUCAACUUCCAUACUAGACCGAAUACGGACUGCUGUCGCGAAAGCAAAGAAUACCGGUCGAAUGAUUGAUCAUGAUUUCUGCUGCAUUGUUUUUGCCAGAACUCCAGAAUGGGAAAGAAAGCUGGAAAUAUACGACCAGACGAUUCGUGGUUGGCAGAAGGCUGUUCGUACAGCUCAAAUAACACACUUGGAAUCUCAGAUCACCAUUUUUGAGGAAUCCAUGCGUGAGUUGAGAGACACGCUCAACAACGACUACCUAAGACCUCAGGAUACAUCAAGAAGUCGAAUUGAUCGAGUUCUUCAUCAAAGUGAACUGAUUCAUACGAACUACGAGGAGUUGCGACUGCGAUCCAAUAAGACACAAGAUAUUUCCAUCAGGAACCUGUGCUCGGAGCUUCAAAGAUACUCGGACCUUCGCCCCAACGAUAAAUGGGUGUUUGGUCAGUACAAAGAAAUCUUUGAGCAGAGUUAUGCCGAUAUUCGUAAAUGUGCACAUGAGCAUCGUUCAUUCUGGCUCAGAAGGCAAAUGACUUUCCAUCCGCUUCGACAAAGUGAACUAUGGAAUCUACAGGAUUUCAUGGUGGCGGCUUCGUCCGCACGUUCCCCUAAAGCUACUGACAGGCGUAUCUUACUUGCGCUUGCACUGGGGGCCCCAAAGAACUCACCGGCGAGCGAAUACUUCAACAAAAGUCCACUCCUGAUAUCCAACAAGAUCUAUCUCCAAUACAAGCGUCUUUGGAUGCCAAAACCAGCACGCAGCCCUGAGCUACAUAUCUACUGGCGACAGUUGGAUGCAAUAGCGCCACUGCGCAUGGUCGAUGUCAUGACAUGGCGGCUUCAAAAUGAAAUUUGGUACCUUCACCGCAGCCUCAGAGGCGAUGUUGGGGCAUUGUGGGAUUGGCUCCCUCGGGAAAAUCUGCGACAGGCUCUUUUAAACAUUCCCAACUGGGGCAUAGAAUUCCAGAAACAUCGCAGCGAUCUUCGAAGGAUGAUCGGUGAGUAUGUACAUUUAAACUGGCUGCGUCUCCGAUCGGAAACCUUGCUACACUCGGCGGGAGAACCUGUCUAUCUUGCUGGAAAGUUCGAAGUCCCCAAUCCAAUGAGCCAGAAUAUCCAUGGCUUCAAGCAAUGGACCUAUCGCAUGGGUCAGAUCACUUCUGACGCCCAUGUCAUCUUAACCGCCAUACGACAAACGCAACAGGAGUGGGAAUCCAUCCACAGCAAGAUUGAGAGCACGCUUCAGCAGGGUCCUUUCGCCAACCUCCGGUUUUUAGAACUAGGUUCUUCGACGAAGAAGCCCAGGCGCAAGAAGGGACGAGCGGAAUCCAAAUCUUCCAUUUCCAAGGCUGCGUUUCUCAAAUUAUCUCAAAGCCGUCUUUCGAGAUAUACCAAAGUACAACAGUCGGGCCUUCCCGAGUCUCCGCGUCCCAGUCAGGACAUUGAGGAGCACAGGAAGCUUUUGGCGGGCCCCAAGCGUGCUUUCAGAAUGAGAAGAAAAAGGCUGGAGCGGAAAGCGAAACGACAGCAUGCAGCCAAAUUAGCUGUUAGCCAAGAUAGUGAAGAGAAAGGCCGCCUUGGACACAAACUGUCAUCCGAUCCUUCAGCAAUAAAAGCCGAGGACCGCACAACAGAGGGCAAGCUUACAUCCAAGCCACUCCCGGUUGACGCGCCUACCAGUCAGGACAGUCACGCUAUUCACAAGCCAUCACCUACACUCUGGAAGACAAGACCCAGGAGCCCCGACACGCCUAAGUUCAAACCAUCCCUAGUUUAUACACCUCCUAGUCAGAUAACUCAGGAAGGGAGCCAGGUUCUUCCGAAGCCACCGCCCACACCCUGGAAAACAAAAUCCAGGAGCCCCGACACGCCUAAAUUCAAACCAUCCCUAGUUUAUACGCCUCCUAGUCAGAGAACUCAGGAAGGGAGCCAGGUCCUUCCGAAGUCACCACCCAUGCUCUCGGAUAGCAAAGAGGUGAGCCUCAGCAGGGAGCCACGCCCUGAUAAUGUCCGUCCCCCAAUUCCUAGAGGAACCAGCAAUGAAUACCCAGGCACACGGAUACACAAUGGAGUACGACCGGCAACUAUGCUGCCGAGGAAACCAUUCGCUAAACCAGAACGGAAUCAUGGGAGAAAGUACAGCACGGAUGCAAUUCUCUACCAAACAAAACCUCAGCAAAGCGACGGUGUCAGUGAUGAUUCCCUUCCUGAACGGCCACUUGAAAACCAUAUGUCCUCGGUCCCAGAUGCCACGACCGGAGAUGUACCAGGAUCCAGUCAAGAAAAUCUUACCACAGAUGAACCAACUCCAUCUUCAGAUAUAGGUUCCAGUGCCAAUCCUACAACCCCCCAAUUCUGGAGCCAUAGUUCACAGCAAAGUCCCGAUGGCCGGAAACUCAUCGUGCAUUAUUGCCGGACCCUUCAAAGCACCGAAGAAGCCGUGCAACACUUCCUCGGGAGCAAAGUCAUUGGAUUCGACAUGGAAUGGAAAGCUCAAGCAUCCGGCUGGGACAGCAUUCAGAGCAACGUCUCGGUGAUCCAAAUCGCAAACGAGGAGCGUAUCGCCAUCUUCCAGGUUGCACUUUUCAAGCCUGCACGUUCUCUGGAGGACUUAGUUUCCCCGUCAUUGAAACGCCUCAUUGAAUCGCCCGAUGUCAUGAAAGUGGGCGUUUCAAUCAAGGCAGACUGCACCCGGCUGCGCAAGUACCUCGGCAUCGAUGCCAGAGCCACCUUCGAGCUCAGCCAUUUGUACAAACUGAUCAAAUACGGCAAAGACAAUCCCAAAUUGGUGAACAAGAGGGGCGUCAAUCUCAGCGAACAAAUCAAUGAGCAUUUCGGUCUUCCUCUCGAGAAAAGUGAUGAUGUCCGUUGCGGUGAUUGGACCCGGGCUUUGAAUUAUCGUCAGGUUCAAUAUGCUGCUACUGAUCCUUAUGCUUGCGUUCGUCUGUUUCAUACCAUGGAGGCGAAAAGACUAGCCAUACAGCCAGUGCCGCCUCGUCCCGCGUACGCUGAACUCAAUCAGCCCAUUAUUCUUCCACUUGGACAAGCAGUCAAUAGCGAGGAGGACCCAUUGAUCUGA